AUGAAAAAUAAAAUAAAGUUUUUCUUUUCUCAAUUGAAAUUCAACCCAAACAAGAACUAUUAUCAAAUUUUGAACUUAACAAAUAAAUCUACUUAGGAAGAAAUCAAAACUGCUUAUUAUACCUUAGCAAAACUAUAUCAUCCAGAUAAAAAUCCUGAUCAAAUUGACAAAUUUAAAGCCAUAAAUGAAGCAUAUGAGGUUUUAAAAAAUCCAUCAACUAAAAAAGAUUAUGAUGAAUCAUAAGUUAAUCCUCAAUAAUUUUAGAAAAAACAAUAUGAUCGAUAAUAUCAUUAACACUCAACAUAUAGUUAUUAAUAGAGCGUAAAUCAUGAAUAAUUCAGAAGGAUGUAUGAGGAAUACAAAAGAUAGCAAACUCAUUAUGAAUAUUAAUAUCAUUCAAAAGCAUCUUACGACAAAGAUGAUCCAUUUAAGUAAUACAAGAAAUAUACCUAAGAAGAAUAAUUUGAACUUUAUUCAGGUAGAGCAGCUACCAUGAGAUAUUUAAUGAUUUUUAUGUUGGGGAUGGCUGGAUAUGUUUUUUUUGAGUUGUUUGGUUUGAUAAUGGAAAACAGAUAAAUUGUUGUUGUGGAUCAGAACACUGGUCAAUAAUAUGUAACUACGAAAGAUGAUUUCAGGAGAAUAUAAUAAAAAACAAGAGAAUAGAUGGAUUAUGAGAGGAGAAGGGCAAUUCUAAAAUAAAUUUAAGAUGAGGAAUUAAGAAUGAUGAGACAAAACUAAUAGCAGACUGAAUUCAAAAAAUGAUUGUUGUUUUUAUCAACUCUAUUAUAUAUACAGUAAAUUC